AUGAUGCGAGUGAUUAGACCAUUUGUGAACAACCGCAUGGCGGUGAACCUGGCUAAGGAAAUCUUUAAUAUCAAUAUCAAUGAAUCUUCAUCUACAAUCGUAAGAGAAUUAAACUCUCCCGAAGCUAGGUGUUUUUAUUUGCGAGGGUCCUUGCCAUAUGAUAGAGAGCGAGAGUUUACGCUUAAAGUUUGUAAGUUUGCUGAUUUUGGAGAAGAGCGAGGGAUAAUUGAUGAAUUAAAUGAUGUUAUGAUCAGUGUGAAUAAUCGUGGCAUACCAUGCUCUAUUCCGCAACAAACAUCAAAUGGCAAGCUUUAUGAAAUGAGAAAGCUGAGUGCUACCCGAGACCGUCACACACAGAAAGCAAAGAACGAAGUAUCGGAGAAUUCUCUUCUUGAUUGCGUUGUUCGUUUGUUAUCUUAUAUUCCAGGAGAAAACAUGAGAGGUGUUCCCUGUGAUUUCAAUAUGUUUUAUCAAGUUGGCUAUUUUGCUGCUGAAAUAGACAAAGUUUUAAAGGUUUGUAUACGCGUAAUUGUGGCAAGUGGCAAUAUCUGCAACGUGGAAAUUUAUAAAUAUUAA